UAAGCCGGCUGCCGUGCUCGCACAGUGGAGCUCCAGUCUGAAACAGUUCUGCUUUCACAAUGAUCACAUUUUAAUGCACUGCAUCGAGACAUAAACAGAACAUCUGUUGCUAUGGGUUCCAUGGAGGAGGACCUGACGUGCCCCCUGUGUCGUGACCUGUUCGGUCCAGCUUACCCCUUACCCUGCGGCCACAGCUUCUGUCCCAACUGUGUGUGGGAGAUGUGGGGACAGACUCAGGGCUCCAGCUCCAGCAGGGGGCACUUUGCUUGCCCGCAGUGUCAGGAGCAUCAAGGUGUGGUGGUGUGCGACUGCUGUCCAGGGGAGGGGGAUGCAAGACUCUUGUGUCCUGCUGUGAAGAGCUGUAUGCGCUGUGAGGUUUCGCUGUGUGAGCAGCACCUGCAGCCACACCUGCAGUGCCCUGCAUACAGCACCCACCUGCUGGUGGAGCCGCUGAUGGACAUGUCCCGCCGCAGGUGUCCUGCUCAUCAGGAGGUGUUUCGCUAUUACUGCUUGGAUGAUAGGGGGUAUAUCUGCGCAGACUGCAUCUUGGAGGGCAGCCAUGCUCAGCACCAGGUCAAGGGCCUGAGAAAACUGGAGGAGGAUUACAAGGACACAUUACAGGCUCUUCUUCAGCGAGCAGAGGAAAAGAUAAAGUGUGGUGAGAAGAUCCUCCAGGAGCAUGAGAAAUCGAGCAGCACCAUAAUAGGCUCCUCUAUGGCAGAUGACUCUCAGGUAGUUCAGCUGGGAUCAGCUCUACAGAACCAGGUUGACAGACUGGUUACGGCCCUGAGGAGUGCAAAUGAUCAGGAAAGGCAGAAGGCUAUUGACCGACUGCAGGAGGACUUCAGCAGAGUGAAAGGAGGCCUGGAGAAGACAGAAAGCAUCUACCACUAUAUGGGUAGCUUGCUCCAGGAGACUGACCCCUUCCUGCUCAUCUGGGCAUUUCAAACAGAGAAUUCAAAGCUUGUGGAAGAUCUCAACUCACCACUGUUUAUGCCAGUAUUACCAAGCUUUGACAAGAAACGCACUCUAGAGCUUGUGGAGCAGAAAUACAGGGAAUUCAUAUCUGAGACACUGCGAUGCCUCAUUGAGCUCAAGAGAGAUCUCUUGAGUAGUCCUUUAACCUUGGACACCAACUCUGCCCAUCCACUCCUGAAUGUUUCUGAAGACCUCCAGUCAGUAAUGAGGGUUAAACAUCGAUUACUUCACUCUGAUCAUCCUGACCGCUUUGACCACUGGUCUCAGGUUGUCAGCAACCAAACCUUCUCCUCUGGAACUCACUACUGGGAGCUAGAAGCAGAAGGUUUCUGGGACAUUGCAGUAACCUACCACAGCAUUGAGAGAAAAGGCAAGGAGGGGACGGCCUUUGGGUGUAAUAAGAUAUCAUGGAGCCUGACUCAGCAGCAUGACAGAAAGCUUGCAGCCUGGCACAACCGAAAGAAAACUCGGCUCUCGGCUAAAAUGUCUGGAAACCGUUUGGCAGUCUCUCUGGACUAUGCCACCGGCUCUAUCACCUUCUCUGAGGUGGGGCCGUCAUCUGCCCUGCGUCCUCUGUACAACUUCAGCACCAACUUCUCUCAGCCUGUGUGUCUGGGCUUCGGCCUCUAUAAACCAGAGCUCAACAGCAGGAUCUCCAUCAUCAGAAAAACAUGACCUGGCCUUUCAGUCAGGAACUAAAAUGUUUUUUUUUUCACAGCUGACAUUCAUUGCUAUUGCAAUGAAUUAUUAUAAUAAAUAAUUGCUAUUCCUUGAAAUGUGACAUAAUUCAAGGGGAAAUUCCACCUGUUUUUUCAAAAGUUUUGCAUAAUUGAAUUAUUGAAAUGUAAACAAAGUCAUUCAGAGUGGUUUGGUGUGAUGUGAUUUAUUGCGGAGAAGCUUUCAAAGCCAGAUUUCUUUACAGUGGUGGUGACUGGAACCAGGGGUUAAAAUGUCUACAAAGGAAAAUAGCCAUUUCAUUUACUAUCCAACAUGAGCAAGUGAACCUAUGUGACGUAUGAGUUUUACAUGAAAGGUUGAUAAUUGUAAAGUAGGGGUUAAUCAAAAAGAGGGAACCUCGCAUGUUCAUUAAUGUAUUUGUCAUAAUAUUUUUUAAAUCUUUCCUUAAAAUUGUAAUGAAACAAUUUUCUGGCACCAUGCAAAGUAUUGGUUGUUAUUUUUCUAAUAGUUUUCAAUGGUGUAGCUUUUAGAAGCACUUAACUUUACGGACCUCUGGUUCCCAUCUUCAUCAUUAUGAACAAUUCUGCCUGGGUAAGUUUCUCUAGAAAUGGUAAAUUUCACAACAACCUAAUCUGGUUGACUUUAUGUUGAAUUUUGAAUUCAGCAUUCUGAUGUUGACGUUCUAGAUCUUAUGUUAUAUUACAGUAAUUGUUCCUGUAAAAUCAUUGUAGUGUUAAUUGCUGCAUUACUGCUUUGGCACUGGCUUGCUUGACUUGUUUGCUAUUCAUUUAACAAUAA